ACGCUGUUUCCCCUCGUCGCGCCAUCGCCUUCCUUCUGCCCAAAUCUUUUACAUUGCUUUGACUUGACGCGAGCUUACGUCAACUUUUGAGAAAGCAACACAAUGGGCGAAUCACGUACAGAGCUUUUGGCCUGGUUAAACGAUCUGCUCCAGCUGGGCUAUACGAAAAUUGAGCAGUGUGGCACUGGAGCGGCACACUGUCAGAUUAUGGACUCGAUCUAUCAAAACGUGCCUUUGAGUAAAGUUAAAUUCCAAGCGAAGCAUGAAUACGAAUAUGUUGCGAAUUUCAAAAUUCUACAAACCGUUUUUGACAAGCACAAGAUAGACAAUGCUAUUCCCGUGGAACGUCUUAUCAAGUGCAGGUUUCAGGAUAACUUGGAAUUCCUCCAAUGGAUGAAAAAAUUCUGGGACCAAUAUUACCCUGGUGGCCCGUAUGACGCGGUUGGCAGACGAGGUGGAAAGCCAGCUGAUGUUUCGAUGAGGAAUGGCUCUAUGGCUAAGGGACCGGCCGGCACACCUUCUGCUGGUAUUAAAAAGUCACUUUCAAAUUCAUCAGUCGGUGCACCUGCGAGCAAGGCUGCAAGAACCGUCACACGUGGCGGUGCACGAAGUCCCGCUGUUGGGGCGGGCCGUGACCGAACAGCAGAGAUCGAGGCCGAAUACCAAAAGGCACUGCAAGAGAUGCAGCAACAGAUUAUGGAGGCGAAGGUUACCGUUGAGCAAGUUGAGAAAGAGCGAGAAUUUUACUUUUCAAAAUUGAGAGAGAUCGAAAUCUACGUCCAACAACAACUGGAAAGCCAUCCAGGGCCAGAGACAGAAUCGAUUUUGAACUACAUUUCGGGUAUUAUGUAUAAGACUGAAGAGGGGUUUGAGAUUCCGGAGGGUGGUGUUGAAGGGGAGCAAGAGGAUGAUACUUUUUGAACAAGUCCUAUGUGUAUAGUUUCUAUAUAAGUUAGUUGUACGUGGGGUUAAAUGAUCCAUCAUACUGCGCUUGGAGGAGCUGUAUAUGGGACUGAGUACUAAGAAGCACAUCGACUUGGCCCUUUGUUGCCAUCGCUGUGCGAAAGGGUGCCAAGAUUCCAAGACACAGUGCCAGGCUCUUGGAGUGCCUGACGGAUAAAUCAAAACAGUCGCCGCUGCAGCGACAGGCUGAUAACGCAAACCAGGGGUGUCUUAUGUGUCACGCUUUCUUUUUUUUCCCGUUUGAAUACCAUAUCUUCAGCGUAAAGUCUGCUGAGCAAGAGC